AGUGUGUUUCUCUUCCUAAAAAGUAUAAAUAUAAAUAAGUUAAGUCAUUGUUAAUUAAGAAUUGUUGGUAAAAUAUGUUGGGCCAUGACAUGUUAAUAAAACAUCGAAAAUCGAUUCUGUUGCUGCUGCUGUUUGCAGCGAUUUGCAAUAUUAUUGUCUAUCUGUACAUUAUGGAAAGAAAGACUCAAGCAACACAAACUUCAACGACAUUUAAAACAAAAACAACAAUCGUAAGAGAGACAGAGACUGAGCUCAGUCAGCUGGCUGACAACGAAGUGAUCGCUGGACUGGGCGCCAUGGGGAGGGCGGCGAGCGGCAACUGGACCAAAGCUCAGCUGUUGGCAAUGGAGCGCAGCGAGCGGGAGACGGGUUACAAUGCUUGGCUCUCAGAGCACAUAUCGCCAGAGCGAACGCUGCACGACAUGCGGCAUCACAGCUGCAAAAAGCUCAAGUACCCAAUGGAAAAGCUGCCCACGAUCAGUGUCGUUAUUGUUCAGUAUAACGAACAGCUGAGUGUAUUGCUGCGUACGCUGAGCAGUCUUCGAAAACGCACUUCACCCAAGCUGCUGAAGGAGAUCAUUUUAGUGGACGACGGCAGUGAUCAUGACAACUUUACGGACACCUUACAGCAGCAAUUUCCGAGUCUGCUGCUACAGCUGCGGCAUCCAAAGCAGUUGGGCCUGAUGCAAGCGCGACUAACAGGAGCGCGCAAGGCCAAGCAGGAUGUGCUGGUGUUCCUGGAUGCCCAUGUGGAGGUGACACGUGGUUGGUUGCCACCGCUGCUUGCACCGCUGCUGGAGAACAACAAAACUUGCACCACACCCGUGGUGGAUACCAUAGACUACGAGAACUUUGCCUACAAACGUGGCAAGCCAUCACGCGGCUUCUUCGACUGGGACUUUAACUAUGUACAGCUGCCACUGCUAAAGAAGGAGCUGGCGGCUAUGCCGGCACCACACGAUAAUCCCAUCAUGAAUGGCGGCCUUUUUUCCAUCGAUCGUCAGUGGUUUUUCCAACUGGGUGGCUACGAUGAAGGACUUCGUAUUUGGGGCGCUGAGCAGUUUGAGCUAAGCCUCAAGAUUUGGCUCUGCGGUGGCCGAUUGCUCGAAGUGCCUUGCUCCCGAGUGGGUCAUUUAUACAGAAGUGGCAACUUUCAUGUGCAGUACACAAAGUCGGAGAGCGCCAUCAAAGCGGUGGGCAGGAACUACAGACGUGUGGCUGAAGUCUGGCUGGAUGAAUAUAAGGACAAGUUGUAUGUAAAUAUGCCUCAUUUGACCCACAUCAAGGUGGGUUCGUUGAGCAAACAAAAAUCACUUCGCGAGCGCCUACAGUGCAAGCCCUUCAAGUGGUUUCUCGAUCAUCUGGCCAGCGACUUUCUAGCCCUAUAUCCUUUGGAGGAACCUGUGGACUAUGCCUUUGGUACAGUGCAGAGCGUGGCUGCUCCCAAUCUGUGCCUGGAUAGAGCUGAAUCAGCUAUACAUCCUCAACUGUUGCCCUGCGAUAGGGACCUCAUGUAUCCCAAGGAACAGCAGAAGUGGAGUCUGAGCUACUUUCGUGAUCUGCACUCCAGUUUCCAUUGCCUUGAGUUGCAGGAGCGAGAGCCUCAGGCUGAGGUUUGGCUCUGGCAGUGCCAUCAUCAGGCUGGCAAUCAGUUCUGGUUCUACGACUCCAACUCCAAGCAGUUGAUCAACGGACAGAGUAAAGCCGAUCAGCGUUGCAUGGAGGCAGCAGUAGCAGAGCGUAAAAUUGUUGCCAAUAUUUGUAAUUCAACAAACCAGCGACAACAAUGGAACUUUGGGUAUGUGGAUGAGACGCGACUGGAAGACUUUUGGAACAAUGUGCCGGAAACAUAG